AUGCCCACUUCUCAAGGAACCUUCAGAUGGACGGCUCCAAAUCGAGCAGAUGCAGAGUUCGAUAUUGACGGUACAUCUUCCAGAUGCGUCAUUACUCUCAGUCGACCGGUUCAAGAUUUCGGAAAGACAUCAGCAACAUUGGAUUACGAGGAUAUAGAACAACUCUCCGGCACACAUUUCUUCGAUGGCCAUAUUGGUAGAGCAGACUUUGAAACCGAUUUUUAUAACGCUCCCAAGAUCCAAGGCAACCUAGAUUCACUUAUUGACCAAUACAUAUUCGUUGAUGGGAAUGGAAUGUGGACACAUUCCUAA